CGUGUACAGAUCUUGCUCCAGGUGAUAAACAACGGUCAGCAACAAGCAAUGGGAACGACACUUAUUAUAUCUGUGACAAAAAUCAUGGUGAUGGUUCUCCAGGACAGCUUCUGGGGGAGUUGAUCAUCGACGUCAGAACUGAAGGCACCCUGGCCCUUUCCCCCUCACUUCGUAUCCGGGAAUCCGACGAACAAUCCGCCUUAUCGCCGGACUACCUACGGAGUACGUCCUCACGUACUGUUGGUUGGUACCCUUGCACCUGUACGGAGUACGGAGGAUCAGAAGCUUUGUGAUGAGAGAAGAGACGAGCUGUCACUCGCAUGCGAUUUCCCUUGACUGGAGGUCUGCUCUCUACCCCCGGUCGACACUACCUUCCAAGGCCAUAAUUCUUGUGCCAGGUAGGAAGUGAUGACAUUGUAGCUCCUCAUCAGCUUUUAUCGCUUCGCUCACCAUCAAGCGUUAAUAACUUAAGUACUUAUCAUCUCCAACAGACCAUCAUCCUUGCAGUUGAAGGAAUCAAGCACCAUGGUUGGACUCUUUCCUUCCUCCCACGCCAUGUACCAGGCGAUGAUGCCUACCUCGCCCUACUAUAAGCCGGCGCCUCCACCUGUCGAGAAUCCUCAGAAGAGACACUACUUCAGCAACUGGAGCGCCGCCGAGUCGGCCAAAGGCAAGGCCAUCGAGCUAAGCGAGGCGGCACAGCAAGAGUAUGAAAAGGCCAGCCAGAAGGCCCAGGCCAAAGCUGGCAAGAUUGAGCUCUAUUCAGCCAAAUACUAUGCUGCCUGCACUGUGGGCGGUAUUCUUGCCUGCGGUGCAACCCACACUGCCGUCACCCCUCUCGAUCUUGUCAAGUGCCGUCGUCAAGUCGAUCCCAACCUCUACAAGGGCAAUAUGGAAGCAUGGAAGAAGAUUGGCAAGGCUGAAGGCAUUCGUGGCAUCUUCACUGGCUGGGGCCCGACCUUUGUGGGAUACUCGGUUCAAGGCGCCGGCAAAUAUGGCUUCUACGAAUACUUCAAGCACCUCUACUCUGAACUGGCUGGCGAAGAAAAUGCCGCUAAAUACAAGACAGUUCUUUACCUGACAGCCUCGGCCUCGGCCGAGUUCAUUGCUGACAUCGGUCUCUGUCCAUUUGAAGCUGUCAAGGUCCGCAUGCAAACCACCAUACCCCCGACCUUCACCGGUACCAUGCAGGGUAUUAGCUCCAUCACAGCCAAGGAAGGAACCGCCGGAUUAUACAAGGGCUUGUAUCCACUGUGGGGUAGACAGAUUCCGUACACCAUGAUGAAGUUUGCGUCUUUCGAAAAUAUUGUCGCAGCCAUCUACAACUAUCUCCCCGGCCAGAAAUCGGACUACAACAAAGGAGCCCAAACCGGUGUGGCCUUCGUUGGUGGAUACCUGGCUGGUAUUCUCUGCGCCAUCGUGUCACAUCCCGCCGAUGUCAUGGUGAGCAAGUUGAAUGCGGAUCGUGGUGCAGGAGAAGGCUUCGGUGCUGCGGUGAGCCGCAUCUACGGCAAGAUUGGAUUCGGUGGUCUCUGGAACGGCUUGCCGGUCAGAAUUGUCAUGAUUGGAACUUUGACCGGUCUCCAAUGGAUGAUUUACGAUUCUUUCAAAAUCUUCAUGGGUCUACCAACGACCGGAGGUGGAGAUGAAAAGAAGACUGCCAAAGCUUGAACCUGGUAUUGAUAACCAAGAGCUAACACGCUAGCUCAAUCAAGUUGUCCGAUGCAAUGGAACGAGGAUGGGACAGCAAAUGUGUGGACUGGCUCACGAAGAGGGACAAUUAUGUACAUGAAUCUGGGCUACUGCAGAGCUAGGUAGUCUUUCGUAUAGCGUUGUUUGGAUGUGUUGAGAGAAACAGGCGUCCUGUUUGACAUUACGAAUAUGACGUGUGGAUGGGUGAUUGAUGGGGAACAGAUCCGUAGACACUCGUCUCCUGCCUCCAAUGCGUGAAAUCAUAAAGCCUGAUAUGGCUAGACGGAGGGAUCUGUUGAGCAGGUGAUGGUGCUCCUUAUUGUGCAAUUGAUUCGAUUAUUGGCAGACUCCAGAGACAAGCAUCAAGCGACAAGAGACAAGAGUCAGCAGCAGAGAUUCCCACAUGACGUAUGGAUGCACCAUAAUGGAUCAGUUGAGGGGCGCAGGUUAACACAACUUGGCUCGCAAAACAAGAGGACC